UUAGAAACACACCUCCAGACAAAUAUUAUAACAUAACGAAUCCCCUUUUAUAACGACUGGAAAUGAUUUUGGCAGGCCUUGCUUGACUCCAAUCUUGGAGACGUUUCAGUUGGCAUGGACUAGAGGGGGCACAUUUCAAGAGAGCGCACACUUCCUGAAGCCUAAACAACCCCCGCAGAAAACAAGAAAAACAAACGAGCCCAUGGAGGCGAUAGCUGUAAAGUUGUAGCCCCUCGUCCGAUGGCUCGGAUGGUUUGUCCUGGUUAACGGGACACGUAAAAGCAGGUUUUAUCGAGCGGCAUCGUCGGGUACAUAGAAAGGCCGAUGUGCGGAGCGGCAGCGGCGGUGUGGAGUGAGCGCUGCGCGGAGGAGAGAUCCAUCGACCGGACCAGCACGAACCAACAAGCGGCCUAGCGCUAACACGCAACAGCCGGCGCUUUUAUGUCGAUAGGAUACCCUUAAGUGUACUUCACAGAGACCCUAGGGCGUAUUCCCCCCUUCUGAAUGACAACACUUUUCCGUCGUUUGGCAUGUCUGACAUACUUUAAUCUGGUUCGGAGCCUCUUAGCCGCCUGGCUAACGGAUUAGAUUGGCAGGUUAGCUCGUUUGCCGCUAAACACUUUUUUUAAGUGACUUAUCAUACACGUAUAUCUGUGUAAUGCAGACUGUGUCGAGGGAAGAGGCUCUCCAGCUUCCGUUUUUAUUCUGAAACCGUUCGGUUGUGAAGUCUGACGAGUUUUAGGACUGUAAAGUCUGUUGUUUGUGUAUUAAUGAUCAACGUUAGCUGGCUAACGAGCUAGCGAUGUCUAUGUUCUCCGCCGAAAUGCUGGAAACACCACCUGUGUACCCGUUUGAGGAGAUAGACUAUGCUGAUAUUGAGGUGGAAGAGGUGGUGGGCAGAGGGACAUUUGGUGUUGUGUGCAAGGCCAAGUGGAAAGGUAGAGAUGUGGCCAUCAAGACUAUAGAGAGUGAAUCGGAGAGAAAUGCCUUUAUUGUUGAGCUUCGCCAGUUGUCCCGUGUAAAUCAUCCCAACAUUGUGAAACUGUAUUUUUUUUUUUUUUUUGUAUGUCUGGUGAUGGAAUAUGCAGAGGGGGGUUCAUUGUAUAAUGUGCUGCACGGUGCAGAGCCCCUUCCUCACUACACUGCAUCUCACGCCAUGAGCUGGUGCCUGCAGUGUUCUCAGGGGGUCUCUUAUCUCCACGGCAUGAAACCAAAGGCUCUCAUUCACAGGGACCUCAAACCUCCCAAUCUGCUCCUGGUUGCUGGAGGUACUGUGCUGAAGAUCUGUGAUAAAGGUGAGAAGUGUGAUGUGUUCAGUUGGGGUAUUAUUCUCUGGGAGGUGAUCACACGCCGGAAGCCCUUUGAUGAAAUCGGUGGCCCUGCUUUCCGCAUCAUGUGGGCUGUGCACCAUGGCACGCGUCCACCUCUCAUUAAGAACCUACCGAAGCCCAUAGAGAGUCUGAUGACUCGUUGCUGGUCCAAAGACCCAUCGCAGCGGCCUUCCAUGGAGGAGAUACUGAAGAUUAUGAGCCACCUUAUGAGGUAUUUCCCAGGAUCAGAAGAGCCUCUUCAGUACCCUUAUCAGUAUUCAGAUGAAGGCCAGAGUAACUCUGCCACCAGCACAGGCUCAUAUAUAGACUACACAUGUACCAGCAACAAGAACGAUAUCAACAUGGAGCACACCAACUCCCCUGGCAGCAAUGACACCAUCAAGUUCCCAUAUAAACCAAAGGGCGACCCGUUAAGGCCUGGUCACCCUCUCUCCAGAGGGGGCAGUGUAGAGAGUCUUUCUGGCAGACCACAUUGUUUGGCUUCCUCUGACAGCAAACGAAUGAGCGCCGAUCUCUCCGAACUGGAGCACAGAUUGCCCUUUGCUCCCGCAGCACGUCCACAAUUUAAGCGAGGUCACCGUAAAACGGCAUCACAUGGCACCAUUCUGGACAUUCCCAAGAUCAUCGUCACAGCAACCUGUGAGCCUCAUAGACGCAGUUCAGUGCAGGACCUUCCUGCCAUUGGUACGGAGUCCAGUCAGGAUAGUAGGAACAACAGCAGAUCAUCCAGUCCCAGUGUGAGGAUGAUUACGCCAGACAGGACAGACACCAAUGGCUCAGAUAACUCCAUCCCCAUGGCCUACUUGACCCUGGACCAUCAGUUACAGCCUCUAGCCCCGUGUCCAAACUCCAAAGAAUCAAUGGCAGUAUUUGAGCAGCACUGUAAGAUGGCACAGGAGUACCUGAAGGUGCAGACAGAGAUCGCUCUUCUCAUACAGAGGAAGAAAGAGCUGAUAGACGAGCUGGACCAGGAUGAGAAGGAUCAGCAGAACGCGUGUCGCCUCGCUCAGGAGCACAAGAAGCUCCUAGAGGAGAACAAGAGCCUGUCUACCUACUACCAGCAGUGCAAAAAGCAACUGGAGCUGAUCCGAGCGCAGCAGCAAAAGAGACAGGGCACCUCAUGAACACCUUUCAUUAUGAAACAGAGCUAGACUGACUCUAUAAUCACAGUCCCCGUUACCUUAUCCUCCCCAAUCCAAACAUUGGGGUGGUUUAUCUAUAGUUUGGCCCAGAAACCCCUGAAAUCUGCCUGUUUAAGCACCCCACCCCGGCCGCCUAUGCACCCAUGAAACCUGUGAAGAUGGUAACCGUAUGAAAUGUGCUCCACAGUUCAAGCGACCGUGGGUCAUUUCCCUGCGCAUGCUGCGUUGCAUGUGCCCAUGAAUCUAGCAGGAUAUGCAAUAGCAGGGCCACAAUUAAAGCCAGGUGGGUGUAAAACACAGACUGUUGGCCGCUGAUAAACACACGCAGUUCUUCAGAGAUCUACAAGUCUAAACGAGCCAGCAAACGCGUUUUAUUUUCAAAAGAGGGCUUUUAAGUAUAGAGCUGUUUAAAAGGAGGAUGUAAAAUGAGGUCUUUUGGAAUGUCACGUUUUUCUCCUUCUUCCUCAAACAUCCCAGAAUUCCCUGUGGGGGUUGCCUCGUUCCCCUCGAUUAGGUGUUGGUCCUUGACAAUGUGAAAGCAAAGUUGCAUACAAAAGCUAAUUAUAUCAUUUUAAAGUUAGAUUUUUAUUUCGUCGCAUUCACUUUGCGUGUACUUUCCUUUUAACCUCUUUUUAUGCAAAAAAAAAAAAAGUGCUGGAGAUGUUUCCCUUUUUUGAUUUGUCUGCCCUAAAAAGUGUUAGAAUGUAUCGAUUGAAAUCGGGGGAUGUAUCUUACAUAUGCCUUGCAUGUCUUCCUUGUGUUUAUGGACAAACAAGGGACGAUCUGUGUGUAUGUGCGGCCUCGCAAGGAAAUACCAUUUAUAAUCCGCUUCCUUUGACAUCCCGUAUGAAAACCAGCGCUCUAAGAGAACGAAACAAAUGGACACUCAAGUCCAUUUGUUUCGUUCUCUUCGAGCGCUGGUUUUCAAACGGGAUGUCAAAGGAAACAUCCUGUAUGUGAUUGUGAGUACAAACAUUUUAAUCAUGACUUCAGUAUUCUUGCGUUUCUUUGCUUUAUCUAACUGUGUUACGGUAUGAUCCGCUUCAUAGUUUUUGUUGCAAGUGUGGGAAAGACUCUCUUUCUCUGAGCUUGAUUUAUGUAUUUUUAGUUCACAUGAUGCCUUAGAGUUGAAUCGCUUGCAUUUUGCUUGACUUGUUUUGUUGCUUUAUGGCAACGAGACCGCUCACACAAUGGCACGCUUAAUGCAAUUAGGAGUUUAGAAAUGUGAGUGAGAGUUUUAAAAGGCUUGCGAAGGCAACAUGAAUGAAAUCGAGAGCGGCCAGAUUGUGGUCUGGUCUGAAUGAUCUUGUCAAUAUGCUGCAGAAAUCAUGAAAUUAUGAUAAGGGCAGUCGACCCACUCUGGUUCCUUUUAGUUCAGUUCCUCGUUCUUACCACUAGUUUUACAUCCCAGUACUUAAUUUAAGAGAAAUCAGAGCCGUAUUGUUACAUUAGGUUUGAAUUUCUUUUAGAUGUCACACUUUGUUUACUUUGUUGCCCCCAGCACAACUCAACCCACAUUUUUGCACAAUCCCACCUUGACUGGUUCUUGAAGAAUGCUCACUGUACCGUGAAAAUCUUGAGCAGGGUAAAGACACAUUUGGAUGUUCAAGAUCUUCAAGUGAGUUCACUGCAAAUCUUUUUGUUUAACAGUGAAGUGGUGUAUUUUUUUUUUCUUGGAGUUCAAUGUUCAUAAUAAGUUUCUGUACUAUGUGCUGUAAAUAAGAUGUCUGAUUUCUUAAGCUGUUGGGAACGGGAAUACACAGGUGAAGGUCGCAUCUUGAAAUAAAUCAAACAGGUAAACAUG